AACGUGUCGAUGAUGCUGACUGCACGAGUUUUAUUUUGAAAAUUAAAAUUCGGAAGUCGUGUUUUAUUUGUGUGUUUUUCUUCCUCUUGACUGGCAUGACACUGGUGAGGUGAACAGGCUGAAGUCCACGCCGAGGGAAUUUCGUAGAACUAGAGAAUGGAGAUAUCUAGGAGAAGAAUCCUUCAAAAGCACCUGGAGCCAGCGAGACCCCUGCGCCGCUGCAUCCCUGCCGACAUUGAUCCACCAGUAAAUCCUGCUGCACAUGUCCAGGUGCUGAUGGAUCAAGAGACAAAUAUUGGUGUAGAGCGGUUCUACAAGAUCAUCAACCUUCAUAAACAGAAAAAAGACAGGAUAUCUUACACAAGGGACUUCUUAAUUGGUCUGGCCAGUUGUCCAGAGGCCAGGAAGAAGCCAGAAUUCUUGCCAGAUCACCCAAUAGUGUUAAGUGAGGCAAGAGAUCCUGAGCAACUAAGGCUUUAUGAAAUGAGGAUGAGUGGCAAGAAAGAUGAAAUGGCGGCUGAAGGGCUUCACUCAUCUUGAGAAAUUUGUCUUGCUUGUGCAGUGUUUGUGUUUGCUGUUCUUCCUUUCAGUUUAAUUUAACUUUUUAUUUCCUAUUUAUUAUUUUGCAGGAGGUUGACUAGAAUUUCGGUUUUUGAUAACCCCCUGAGAGUGCUGUAGUGUAUUUAUACUGUGUGAACACCUUUUUGAAACAGAAAAAAACCUGAAUGGCUACUUUUCAGAUGUUUCAAUAAAAGUCCUGAACUGAAGUGAUGGCGGGAAUUAUGUUUACACUGAAUUAGUAGUUCUCUGGAGUUAAGAUUAGCAUUUGUUUACAAUUUGCUUUUGAUUUUCUGUCCUACACCUCUGCUAUUAUCAACCUGCUUCGGCAGCACUUUCCAUCCCAAAUGACACACCUGUGUAUUGUACAGCUGGUGAGCAUGUCCGAGCAUUAAACAGCUUAAGAAACUGGCAUAAACCGGAGUGACUCUUGCAUCAGUCGAGCAGAUAUUAACAGGAAGACCAAUGAUAUUUUAUUUUAUCUGUUUGUUAUGUGUGCUACAUUCAUAGAAUGGUUGUUUGACAACACAUUUGCUGUUUUUGAAAAAAACAAAAAAAGAUUAAUGGUCAACAUGAAACCGUGCAUUCUUAAAUCUACAGGAAGUGAAAAGCACACAUGAAAGAUUUUGUUGAGCACAUUUUAUAAAAUGUAAGGAUUUUUCUACACUAUUUCAACAUAAACCACCAAGGCCAGCUA